CACCAUUAAUCAUUCACACCGGGCCCUGAGAUAUGACAAAAAAGAGAAAACGAACAGCUUAGAUAAAUGAUGAACAGUUUCGUAUUGAGAUAAAGGAAAUGUCGAACGGAGCUGAGCGUGGCAGUUUGGCGCUGCAGUCUUCGCCUGUGAAGUCUACGUCGCCCGUCAGAGCUUCCCCGAGUCCGGUCAGGGCUCCGCCGUCGCCGUUGAAAUCGUCGUUGUCGACUGGACGGCAACGGUCGCCGAGGAAAUGCCAGUUUGCCGCGCCGUCUGAAGAUGCUCGUGAUAAGUGUGGGGCGUCGUGGUUGUGCCGACGUGGGGCUGGAGUGGAGGAGUCGGAACCUGAGCGGUCUCCGGGGCCGAGUGUACCUCUGCCCCAAGCCUGCGAGGAAAGCGCGCCUCCACCAAAGAACUGCUUCAGACUUGUCAUGUUGGGGUCAGCACGUGUGGGCAAGACCUCAUUAGUAGCCCGGUUCCUAGGCACGAAAUUCGAAGACAGCUACACGCCCACCAUAGAAGACUUCCACCGCAAGCUAUACCGAAUCCGCGGAGAGGUCUAUCAAUUGGAUCUGCUCGACACCUCUGGGAACCACCCCUUCCCUGCGAUGAGGAGGCUUUCAUUUCUAACAGGUGAUCUCUUCGUGUUAGUAUUCGCUAUGGACAGCCGCGAGUCCUUCGAGGAGGUCAUUCGACUUCGGGAACAGAUCUUGGAGACGAAGGCGAGCGCUAGCAGCAGCAACCGCGGGCGUCGACAAGUGCCCAGGGUCCCAAUGGCUAUUGCCGGGAACAAGUGUGAUAAGGAACUUAAGACGGUGCAAGCUGAAGAAGCUCAUGCCUAUUGCACAACACAAGAUUCAGCCUGUGUCUUCGUCGAAACAUCGGCCAAGAAAAAUUCUCACGUCGACGAUCUCUUCUACGAACUAUUUGUUGUCGCAAACUUACCUCUAGAAAUGGCCCCAAACCAUCACAAACGCGUCAGCACGGCCUUCGGGAGCCCGUGCACUCUCCCUCCUACCAGCAGUCAGAGUAAUCGAAGCAAAAAAUGUACAUUAUCGAUAAAAAGAAGAUUGUCUGAUGCUUGCGGGGUCGUUGCUCCAAACGUGAGGCGGCCUAGUAUUCGGACAGAUCUGAUGAUAAUGAGAACGAAGACUUGUGCCAAAGGCGACGGAGACAGCUCUAGCGGCAGUCCCAAGCUCACUCUCAACAGACUGGUGCGACCGACCGGACAAAAUGAGAAGCGAUCAUGCGUUAUACAGUGACAUUCGUGGCUUUUUGAAUGGAUUCAUAAGUCGGUGCUAUGCCAAAUAUUAGUCCGUUUAGAGAGUAACAAAGUACCCCGUUUAGAAUUAAUCGUGUAAAUAAAUUAAUAAGAAUGGUACAAUUUACAUAAUCGCCCCGUAAUUAAUUAAAUAAGCGUUUAAUUAAAUAUUGAAACUCAAUUUGUGAAGGCUGUUGUUUCGUUGAGAGCUCCGCAAAAUGAGUUAAUGAGCUCGAAUUGGGUGCCGAAUUUUAAGGAGUGUAAGAGGCAUUGCAGCAAUACAAACACAAACCGAGUGUUUGACUGUUUUUGAAGACUGCCAGUAGGAAAUUUUCAUAGCAGAGAAUUUUCUUUCCGCUAUUAUUAUUCGAGCAAACAAAAAAUUGGUUUCACCGAUUCUAAGUUUUCCGUUGAAACUCUUGGGUUUAUUUUACGUAAAAUAUACUAAAACAAUAUUGAGGAAUUUACGUAGCUUCGUUUUUCGAUUAUUUUAGAACAAUGUUGUUACGUACUCCGGCUUGAUGAAUGAGGUUUCAGACUGAACCAAUCUAUACUAAUAUUAUAAAGCUGAAGAGUUUGUUUGUUUGAACGCGCUAAUAUCAGGAAGUACUGGUCCGAUUUGAAAAAAUCUUUUAGUAUUAGAUAGCCCAUUUAUUGAGGAAGGCUAUAUAACAUCACGGUAAGACCAAUACAAGUCGAGCACCAAUAAAGAAUGUUUCAAAAUAGGAGUGUUAUACGGCUCCUUAAAAUUCUAUAAUUCAAAAAUAUUUUCAUUUUCUACGUAAAUGAAGUGGGAGUAAAAUUUUGCGUUAUGCCAAAGUAACUAUUCCACGCGGACGGAGUCGCGGGCAAAACGCUAGUAAAUAAUGAAAUGAGAAAAUAUUCAAAUACUUAUUGUGGUCGACCUUGUACCGCGUUCUAUGUAAAACGUUUAUCAAAGUUUGAACCUUUGACCGCCAUGUAGGUCACCGGUGCCCUACGUAUCGCACUGAACUAAUUAUAUUGUUUUCUCUCUUCGGUAUUCUUAAUAAAAUGCCGGAAUACCUGGUAGACUCCGGAAAAGACCAAUCCCAAGACAAUGAUAAUUAAUCUGUUUCUAAGAGACCUAAAAAACUUAAACAUACAUUAAAAACAAAAGUAGGCAAAUUUAGGUAAUCUAGACGCCUUAGUUAGUAACAGAAACUUAAUAACAGAACCUACAUGACAGGCAAAGAGUUUUUUUUUUGUUUUGUUUUUUAUUGCCCUCGUAGGCAGACGAGCAUACGGCCCACCUGAGUGGUUACCGUCGCCCUUGGACUUCAGCAAUGCCAGGGGCAGAGCCAAGCCGCUGCCUACCGCAUAAUACUCUCCACAAGCCUCGUUUGAAGAAGGACAUGUCAUAGCGCAUGUCAUGUUACGAAAUAUACAAACCUGUUUCUUGCAAGUUUUAUUUGGUUGUCCGAUGGUUCGUUGCUCGAGUAUCAAUUACUGGGAGAGUAAGUACUUAGCAGAAAAUUGAAAUGAUAUCAUUGUUGCGAUGGGACCAAAGUAUCACAAUAUUGUUCUCGUUUGUUUGUUGUUAAUUACAUAGAUCAGUGAUUCUCAACCUUUUUUUUUGUUGCGGCACAUAUUUAACGAUUUCAAAAUUUGGCGGCACACAAAAAAAGAAGAUAAAAAUUAUUUACUUACUACAACACACUGCAUAAAUAGUUUAUCAAAAAAUUUUAAUAUACGAAAUAAACUAAAAUGUACUAUAAUAUUUUUUUUGUGGAUUUAAAUAUAUAUUCAUGUUUAAAAUAUUUUUCUUUUAAAAUGAUAUAAUUUAAUAAUAUUAACAUUAUUAUAAAUUCGCUAAAUUUGGCGGCACACUUUUUAAAUUUGGCGGCACACAAAAGUGCCGCGGAACAGUGGUUGAGAAUCACUGACAUAGAUAUUAUUCGCAAUUCAUUGGUCUCUAAUAGGCUCUUUAAGUAAUAAAAUUAGCGUUAUUAUAAAAGUUUCAAGUUUGAAUUGAUUUAAAUACGCAUUCGCAUUUAAUAUUAUAUCACGUUGAUUCUAUAAAUGAAUUUUAUUACAUCCUUAGAUAAUUUAUCGAGGAAAAAAAAACAAGAUAAUAUUUACCCUGUUUAUAUAGUGUUAAAGAUAUUUUUAUUGUUAUCAUUCUAAAUACUUUUGAACCUUAAAUACAUAUCCGUAAACGUUAGAACAAAGUUAUUGUUACAUAAAACUUUUUAGAGUGAUUCAUAAAGUGUUUUAAACAUUUCAAUGUAUGAAGUCUUGACCACAAGUUGAUAUGAGACGAGACUGCUUAGUAAAAAAAAUCUCUACUGUUCUAUACAUAUACAUACUUGACAUUAAAAUUGGGAGUUACAUUCCAUAGAAUAACAAUUAAAUUUUAUUUUUCUAUUAUAUGUUCCGUCGAAAAUUAUAUAUAACUUAUGUACUGGCUAUUGCGUUAACUUUGAGCUUUCAUGUGUAUAUGCAAUUUUAAAUGAACUAGAAUAAUUUUUUUAAGGAAUCCAACUUCCAAUUCUGUUUUAAAAGUCAUUGCAAUACUUUUUAGCGUUCAAGUGCCAGUCCAAUUUGUUUUUUUUUUCUAUAAUAUAUUACAAUUAACAUAUUAAUACAUAUAUAUACACUUAAACGUAUAAGUCCGCUUGCAUAGUUAUAAAUAAAACAUUAAAAGCCUCCAAUAGGGAUGUUCCAUUUUUUUAAUUAUUUCUAAUAAUAUUGGCGUAGUGAUCAAGAAUCGAACGUAAUUGGGUCGUUUUCAAUUGUGCGGCCAAAAAAGUAACGAUUUUAUGGAUUUAAACUUUCUCUAAUUUUCCAUUUUUUUGUAACUAAGAAUGUUCAGGAUAAAAGAUGCUUCAUCACAAUCAAGUCAAUCACUCAUUUAUUAAUAAUAUUAUAUAAUAUUCAUUAAUAUUUUUCAUUUUACGCAUUUGAUACAACACGGAUGACACUUUAAAUAGGAACUUUUUUUAAAAGCAUAGAAACCGUACUUUUUUUGUUUUUAAUAAUGUUCUAAUAUUCAAUUAGUUUUCUUUUAUUAUUGUAUUAUAUUAUACUCAUGUUAAUAAAAUUGCCGAAUUUCAACACGCGUUACUGGAAAAAUAGCAAACAAGUUAGAAUUUGAAUUCCGAACCAGUGAUACGAAUGAUAUUUGGGGUAGUUUUUAAUGUAUAACUCCUGAUUUAACAGUGCUUACGAAUAUAUUAUAAUAAUAGGACCACGUGCCUGUUGUCAUGACAACUGUACUUAUAAUUACGGUAACAUUAAGGUUAUGAGAAUUAAAUCAAAUAGCUCGCUUUUGGACCCAAAUUUGAAAACGACCCAAUUACUGACAUCUUAAGUUUGGGAUUUGUCUUUGUAUCUAUCGCAUUUUUUCGUUUGUUUGUUAUGUCAUCAUCAUCAUCACCUCACAGCCGUCCACUACUGGACAGGCCUCUCCUAAUCCACAACUCUGAGCCCAGUUUUCUGAACUUCUCAUCCACCUCUUGCUGGCCAACCUUUGGAUGUUAUCGUCCCAUAGAAAUAGAAGGGAAUUGUAAUUAAAUGUUUUAGUUAUAUUUCAUAUUUGUAUAAAACAUAUUAAAAAAAACAUGCAUUUUACAACAUCUCAAGCACCAAUACCGAUAUUAUGUUAUGAAUUUGAAGUCGUCCUGAUCCAAUAGGCGAGAAUAGAUUGGGUUCAAAUUUUACGGAUAUCCAUCGUUUUUUUUAAAUAAUUAGGUACCUAUUACGUUCAAAAAUUACUUCCCGAAAGAAAGAGAAAUGUCGACUAAUAAAACAUGAUCUAAAGCAACAGCUUGAUUGUGUCUUUAGUAUUGCUGAUGUCCACGAGCAGCAGUAACUACGCAUCAUUAAAUAGGCAUAUCGUUACAUAUGUUCGUCUGCAUACAGGGGUAAUAGAAACAUUGAAAAUAAGUAAAUUUUAUGUUUGCAUGAUUACCGAUUCAUGAAAAGUAGGUAUGCAUAUACAUUUGUGGGGUGAAAUGCUAUUUGCCCGGUCAUCGGUCUCGUCGAACCCAUUUUUCUAUCUAUGCUGAUAGCCUUGAGAGGCUAUCUCAGCUUCGCCCUAACAUGUAGGUGCGCUCACGCGGCUCAAACCUGACGACGUUGCUAACACGAACCCUAGCAAGAGCUGUGCUUCGCAGAAUCUACCACUGGAUCGGAAACGCUUCCCACUGAGAAGAUCUGACGAGUAACUCAUUGGGCUGUGUCUGUGGGUUCAUUUACUCGUCGAGCCUUUCGUCGCAAGCGACGGGUUCGACGAGAACGAUGACCGGUGCUUGUGGUACCUAAAAGCACCGUUAGUGGAUCGGGAGGAUCUGAAAUGAUGUGUUUUGGACAACGUCGAUUGCUUUCCAUUCGGUCCACAGGAUCGGGUUCAGAACUGGCUGAGUUAGGAACUUUUUAUAUCAGGUUGUGGUGUAAACAAUUCAUAACGUAACUUCUAGUAAAAGACGCACGCGCGAGAAAGACAGCUAGCUAUAUAUUACAACUACGCUAGCCCAGCGGGAAUAUAUAUCUUUUUCGUUUACCCUUUACGAUGUCUUUAGGGCUAUAAUUAUUAUUUCAAUUUAUUGUGGAGGUCGAUGAGAAUUUAGCAAAACCAAAAAGAUAUAAACACACUCAAAUGUCAUAAACAUCCCUAUUGGAGUUCUAUUACUAUCAAAAUAUUAUAACUGUUUAUCUAAUCUAUUGUUUUGUGUUUUGUAUUUUACUAAUGUAUGUACCUUGUCUUCUCCUCUAUAUAAUAAAGUGUUGGUAUAUUAAUAAA